AUGGCUUUACAAGACGUCAGUGGCUUUCAGGACACCCCUAUGUCUCACAUGUGGAACAGUCCUGCCUCACUAUCUGGGCCUAUGGGAGAUACCACUCCUCUCCUGGACAUGGCUGAUGAAAGGAUCCUUGGUUGGGGAAGGUUUAAAUCAUCUGAGAGAGAUGGAGGGGUCCCUUUGCGCUUUUUCAUACCUCCUCCUCAGAGCUCUGUUCCUUUCCGCUGUGACAACAGACACACGUCCCUUUCUUCCCUGUCCACCUCCUCAUCACCACCCACCCGCCGCCCAUUCCCUUUGUCUCAUGGAACCACUACCCUGGCCUUUGUGUUCCAAGGAGGUGUUAUAGCAGCGGCAGACACACGUGCCAGCUGCUCAGGGCUUGUCGCCUGUCCCUCUGCCCAGAAGAUCCUGCCCAUCCACUCCCAUUUACUGGUCACCACUUCAGGCAGUGGUGCAGACUGCAUGCUAUGGGAGAGAAUCCUGGCCAGAGAGAUCCGCCUUUACCAGCUACGCCACGGCCGCCGCUUGUCAAUUACUGGUUCUGCCAAGCUCCUCUCUCAUAUGCUGCACCCCUUUAAGGGGACUGAUGUGUGUGUGGCAGCCACUCUUUGUGGCUGGGAUCGUUGUGGCCCAAAGCUGUUCUAUGUGUGCAGUGAUGGCACCCGGCUGCAGGGAGAGCUCUUCUCGGUUGGCUCAGGUUCGCCUUAUGCUUACGGAGUGCUGGAUGGAGAGGUGCGGUGGAGCCUGAAUGAGGAGGAGGCUAUCUCAUUGGCCAGAGAAGCUGUGUACAGGGCCACACACAGAGAUGCAUAUUCGGGGAACUGUGUGGACCUUUUCCACAUCACUGCCCAAGGAUAUUGCCGAAGAGACAGGGAGGAUCUGAGAGAGGAGUACCACAGAGAGAGGGAGAGGGUGCUGAAGAGGGGAAAAGAAGAGAGUGAGGAAGAUAAGAAAUAG